AUGGCGGGCGCAAAGAAACCCGUCAAUAUUUUCCAGCUCAAAAACCUGGGCGAUCCCAAACAGGUCUACAACUGGAGACUAUGGCUUGCUGUCAUCUCUUUCGGGCUCAUGGGCGCUGCUCGAGGUGUGGAUGAGGGCUUGAUCUCCGGUGCCUUCAACUCCAAGGACUUCCAGAGAACCAUCCACUACGAUUCGUACAGUAAAGUCGAGCAGACCAACAUCAAGGCCAAUGUCUCGGCCAUGGUCCAGAUUGGCUCUGUCGGCGGUGCUCUCUUUGCCUUCUUAGUUUGCGAUCGCAUCGGCCGUCUCUGGGCUACCCGUCAGCUCUGUGUCCUGUGGAUCGUUGGUAUUGCUAUCUUCAUGGGAGCUAAUGGUAACCUGGGUGCUAUCUAUGCUGGCCGUUUUGUUGCCGGUUUGGGUGUCGGUCAGACAGUUGUGGUUGGCCCUGUGUAUCUUGCAGAAAUCGCCCCCGCAUCAGUCCGUGGUCUCUGUACCUGUGUGUUCACAGGCUUUGUCUACCUCGGUAUCGUCCUUGCCUACUUCACCAACUAUGGCUGCCAAGUGAACCUUGGAGACAACACACACAAGCGUUGGGAAGUGCCCACCAGUUUGCACAUCAUCUUCGCCGGCCUUAUCUUCCUCCUUUCCUUCACCCAGUACGAGUCCCCUCGCUACCUGGUCAAGAAAGGAAAGUAUGAUGAGGCCUUGAGGAAUUUGUCGCGUGUCAGACAUCUUCCGGAGGACCACGAGUACGUCGUCGAGGAAAUGACCGCCAUCCGGACCUCACAUGAGGCCGAGAUGGAAGCUACAAUGGGAUCUGGUCCUAUAGGAGUGAUCAAAGAAGCCUUCCUGGUUCCCAGCAACCUGUACCGUCUAUACCUCGCCCUGAUGGCUCAGCUCCUUUCCCAGUGGUCUGGUGCCGGUUCGAUCACCCUGUAUGCCCCCGAUCUGUUCGCCCUGCUCGGCAUCACUGGGUCGAACGAAUCGCUCCUGAUCACCGGUAUCUUCGGUAUUGUCAAGUUGGUUGCUGCUAUCAUUUGCGCCUUAUUCCUGGUCGACGUGAUCGGCCGCAAGCGCUCGUUGCUUAUCGGUAUCACAUUCCAGGCGAUCUCCAUGAUCUACGUGGCUGGCUUCCUCACUAGUGUCCCGGAGAUGGGCGUCGUGGACGACUUCGUGCUCCCAGAAAACAAGCUCGGUCCCAGCCGAGGCGCCAUUGCAAUGAUCUACAUUUCCGGAUUCGGCUGGGCCCUCGGCUGGAACUCCAUGCAGUAUCUCCUCACAGCUGAGCUGUUCCCCCUCCGUAUCCGUGCGCUGGCGACUUCCCUGGCGAUGACCCUGCACUUCGUCAACCAGUACGGUAACUCGCGUGCCGUGCCUAACAUGCUCCUCGGCACGGACCACGGCGGUAUUACCCCCAUGGGUACCUUCUGGUUCUUCUCCGCGGUGACCGUCAUCGGCUGGUUCUGGGUGCUAUUCACCGUUCCCGAGACGGCGGGCCGUAGUCUGGAGACCAUUGACCGAUUGUUCGAGCUGCCCUGGUACAAGAUCGGUCUGUACGGUGCUCGGGAUGCCGAGCACCGCGACAUGGUCAUGUCGGAUAAGGCGCAGAUCGCGGAACAGUCCAGCCACGUAGAGAACGUGGGGAGCAGGGACAACACUACAAGGGUCUAG